CCGAUCUGUAAAAGGGUUGUUAUUUCGCGCUUGGUGAGGAUAUGGGCGCCGCGACUAGGGUUUCAACGCCACUCACUGCACUAACUGAACGAUGAUUGUGAGGGAGAGUCCGAAGUCUGGAGUCAGGAGAGAGCCCCAGAAUUGGCCGCCGAAAUCGCCGCAUGAAGCGCUUCUCAGCUCACCCUCUGGACGACGCAAGUACGAGCGAGAGCGACAGCGCAACUCCGUUUCCCCUUCACCUGUAAAGCGCCGACCCGCUUCGAGAGGCCAGCCAGAAGACGAUGAAGACGAGGAGGAACUGGAGUUGCAGCUCCAAGCUAUCCAGGCCAGGUUGAAACUUAAGCAACUGCGGCGAGAGAGGGCACGGCAGGCGGCGGAGGAUGACGACAAUGACAGCACGCGAGCAGUAUCGAGACCCAACACUGCGGCGGGUUUACGGAGAGUAGAAUUACCGAGACCCCACUCUGCCAUUCAGGUUCCCGUGUCGCCCACAAGGAAUAGGCGGGCGCCCGAUGAGCAAAAGAGUCCCGCAAGGGUGUUAUUGGGGAUUGAUAAAGGACUGAGAGCACAGGAUGUCAGCUUGAAGCGGGCAGCAAGUUUCCAUUCAAGAAGUAACGCAAUGUCUGGAACAUUAUCACGGUCGAACUCGGCGAAGGCAGCCGAGACGCCCAGAGCGAAGUCAUUCAGUGAGCGGAUCGCAGAGAGCAGAGAAAAGGACCGAGAGCGGGAAGAAAAGCAGUCUAGGAUUGAGAAGAGCAGAAGUCGAGGGUUUGGCCUGAACAAUCCCGAUAGUUCAAGAGAGGGUGCAUCUUCACGGGCAGGCUCCGUGCUCUCAUCUGGUGCACGAAGUGGGCAGGGAAUGGCACCACCGGCAAGGAAAGGCUCGGAUCUGCUCAAAAGUCGUUCAAGUAAUGAUUUACGAACACCUUCCACUCCUCGACCUCCCUCCAAUCUCUCGACACGCUCAGAAGCCUCUCGAGCACCGUCGACAUCCACAACGACUUCCCGAACGUCCUCUAGCACACUUCGAACCACCACUACCUCUAAGUUCUCCACAGACAGCUCCUCGUUCAACGACGACAGCAGGGAUGUAUCCGUCUUUGAGUCCUUCUCCGGUCUUCAUCUCAAGUCUCGCGAAAUGCAACACAACACACUCACCCGUAUGCUGGACGGCAAGACCAUUUUCACGAUACCCCAACUUCUCAAAUCCGUAAAAUCACCAGAAUAUGAACCUCCGGACAUGGAAAACGAUUACGUGGUUAUCGGCAUCAUUUGCUCCAAGUCAUCACCUCUGACACCGAAGAACGCUCGACGAGAACAGUCAACAAACAACCCAGAAGCAAACGCGAACCAGAGCGGCAAAUUCAUGGUAAUCAGGCUCACAGACCUAAAAUGGGAACUAGAUCUAUUUCUAUUUGACACUGGGUUCUCACAGUUUUGGAAGUUGCCAAUUGGCACUUUGGUUGCAGUCCUGAAUCCUGAAAUUAUGCCUCCACGCAACCGCGAUACUGGAAAAUUCUCGCUCAAGCUGGCAAGCUCGGACGACACCGUGCUUGAGAUAGGCACAGCACGCGAUCUGGACUUCUGCCAUGCGAUAAGAAAGGAUGGUAAAGAGUGCGGGCAGUGGAUCGAUGGCAGGAAGACAGAGUUCUGUGACUUCCACAUCGAGCUACAAGUCGAGAAGAGUAAGAGGGGGCGUAUGGAAGUCAACACGAUGACUGGGUUCGGCAAAGGCCCCGGAGGCAGCGGAGGUAGAUUUGGCAUGUUCGGCGGAGGAGGAAAAGGUGGGGGUCUCAAAGAAGACAGUCUUAGGAGGGAAGGCAAGUUCCACGAUCGAAGCCUCCAUGAGACUGUGUACAUUGCGCCCGGUGCGGGUGGAGCAGCAAGACUUCUAGAUGAAGAUGAUUCAUGGGAAAGGGGAGCUAGUCGGGCAGAGCUGCAUCGGAAACGACUUGCGGAGAAAGAAAAAGAGCGCGAGCUUGCAAAGAAACUUGGAGAGAUUGGAAGCGGCGUAGGAAGCGACUAUAUGAAAGUCAAAGGUGUCGACACAUCGAGUUUACCUGCUAAAUACGAUGCUCAUCUUACAGAUUCGGGUGGGACAACAGAAAAAAGUGCUCUGUAUGAUGACCCCUUAGGUCUCGUAGGCAAAAGGGCCGACGACGUCUCUCUCGCACCUGUUAAGCGCAAACGAAUGCUCUCCGGAAAAUCGACAGCCUCAAGUGAGCCUGUGGGGUGGGGUGGCGCUUUCAAACGCGGUCUUCUUCUCUCUCCGAAGAAAGAUACUCCAUCGUCUGCUCGAGAAGCACGCGAGACGAGCCCUAUGAAGAAGAAAGCUAGACUUUUACUCCCCGAAAAGGGCAUUCGUGAACCAGGCCGGGAUAGCAUCGGGGGACUAGACGUUGGACUACUGGCUGCCAUGGACGAGGAUGAUGAUGACUUGGAGGUGAUAUGA